AAGCAAAAUGGCAGUUGUUUGUAGUGCUACUGAUACUACUACAACUACUACUAGUUUCAUAAGGUUAUCACGUCUAAUAGACUUAAAAACUAUUGUCUUUCAAGAGGUUUUAAACAAAUCAAAAGCGACUAUAAAACUGAGCCACAAAAAAGUGAGAGCUCUCUUCAAAAAACACAGACGGAAGCUUAGGAGGCAGGCCCUAGCUAAGGAAAAGGAACAGCAGGAUAAGAAAGAUCCAGGAGCUUUACUUUUCACAAGUUUUGAGGUGUUUUUUAAGCAAGAAGUGAGAGAGGAAUCUUCAGAGUAUCGCACAAGAGAAGAAAACGUGAGAGAAGAACUCAUACUAGAAGAAUAUGAAAACCGAGAAAGAGAACGUCGGCAUAAAUUGUGGUUACAGAGGGAUGAAGAAGCUCAUCUUGAGUUUUGCAGAAAACAGGAGCUUGCUGAAAAAGCAAAGAAAGAACGAGAAGAACUGGCAAGGAAGAUGAAAGAAGAACUUGAGAUAAGGGAACAGGAAGAACAGGAACAAAAGGAUAAUGAAGAAAAAAGAAGAAAGAGAAGGAGGUUACAGUGGUCAGAAAUGCAUAAUGAAGUAUCUCCUCAUUUUUACAUUUUCAUCUACAUAUCUGAUACCCUGAAGGAAGCAAUAGCCAACCUUCCAGAGGGAGAUGAUACAUGGCACAACCCUAUUGCACCAGCUAACUAUAAUACAGACCAGCCUGAGAAAGACAUAUGCCCAUUCUUUAUGAAAACAGGAGCAUGCCGGUUUGGAGAACGGUGUUCUCGAAGUCAUCCAUAUCCUACAAGAAGUCCAACACUGCUGAUUAGAGGACUGUACAGUCAUUUCAGCAUUGACAGAGGGAUUCAGGAUGAAUAUGAUACAGAUAUAGGGUUAGAAUUCGAAGAUCGUGACACAUACCAACAUUUUAAGGAGUUUUAUGAUGAUGUUCUUCCAGAGUUUAAAGAAGUGGGUCAGGUUGUACAGUUUAAGGUGUGCUGUAACCAUGAACCACACUUGCGAGGAAAUGUUUAUAUUCAGUAUGCUAGUGAAGAAAUAGCAGAAGAAGCUUUCAGAAGGUUUAAUGGACGGUGGUAUGCUGGAAAGCAGAUUAGCUGCGAGUACACAAAUGUGCAAAAAUGGAAAUCAGCUAUCUGUGGUCUCUUUCAUCGAAAUAGAUGUCCUAAAGGAAAAAGUUGUAAUUUUUUACAUGUAUUCAAGAAUCCAAGAAAUGAGUUUUGGCUGGCAGAUAGAGACAUGGAUAAUGAAAAUAGCUCAAGAAAUCAUGAUGAAAGUUCAAGAUCUAUGUGUUAUUCACGUAGUUACCGUAGCAAUAGAUCAAGGUCACGGUCCAGUAGUCCAAAGUACCGAGACAUGGCUAACCAUAGAAGAAGGUAUCGACAUAACUCCCCAACACAUUUCCAUUCACCCUCUCGUCACUCACGAAGAAAAAGAAAGAAUUCUCGUUCACCCUCUCCUCGUCAGAAAAGAAAAUCAAGAAAAAGGGAUAGAGUUCACACAAACAAUAAUUCAGUUUACUAUGAAUCAACAAGAUAUUCAAGGACACGUUACAGUGCUUCUCCAAGGUCCAGAUCAAAAUCAUAUGAUAGUUCCUUAAGCUCUGACUCAGAAACUAUUUCGAAAAGAAGGUCAAGGUCUAGUUCAAAGUCAUCUGAUGAAGAAGAUACCAGGCCAUCCCAUAGAUCCAGUUCUAGUCGUAAGCACAAAUCAAAGAAAAAGCAAAAGAAGUCAAAAAGAAAGCAUGUUGUAGAAUAUUGGGAAGAAAAGCCCAUACCAAUCUGUUUGAAAAAUGAAACUGAUUCAUAAACUCAUAAAAACAAAAGUUUUAAAAUGAAUGAUCUUAAAACUCAUUCAAGAAAAAAAAAACCUGUUGUGUGUAUAUUUUUGUACAUCAAGUGUAAUGAUGUUGGUAUUAUCUUUGUUAUGUAUAUUUAUAUCAUUGGU